GCGAUUCUCGUCCGCAUCGUCGAUGGAUCUCGUCUCUAACUCAACUGUGUAUUCCUCGCCGGAGACCUACGAUUCUGAUUGUUACAGCCUCCGGUCAAAUCAGAUGGGUUUUCAGGAAAAGGAAGAUUUGGAGACCGUUGUGCUGGAGAUUAUAGGACUCGGAAGAGUGUUGCCGGAGAAUGGUAAGUUCCAGCAAGCUGUCAUUGAAGCUGGAUCGUUGGUUGAGUCAUUGUUCAUAACCGGUCCGAUUCCAAAAUGGAGAAAUCCUCCGGUUCAAAUGUUGAGUCAAAGACCGGUUCUAAGUCAUUCUAUCGGAAAAUGGAAUUAUGGUGGUCAGGGGAUCCUAAACCGGUCUUUCUCCGGCCAAAUGCCACGGUUCAGCUUGAUGCCUUAAGUUCCCCUUGAAAUUUGAUGUUACUGUGAUGUUUAACUUUUUUUGUAUUUGGUACUAGAGAAUUUGAUGCAAUCAAAUAAAUCAUGUUAUCUUGU